AAAGUUAAAAAACGGGAAAUUAUCUUAUAAAUUAUAAGAAAAUUACAAAAAUCAGGAUUCGGCAACGGAAAUUAAUGAAUAACGGCUUUAAUUAAAUUAUGAAGUGAACAAAGUGAAGAAAAAUAUAAAAAAAAUAAUUACAAAGAAAGAAAUUUGCAAGGCCUUGAAGUGAAAGAAUAAAAAAAGCCGACACAGCAAUUCAUUGUUAGACCGUGAAAUCUAUUAAAAAAUACAACGAGCAAAAAAAAUAUUAAAUUGACGCCCUUUAAGUGAUUAAAAUUAUGUUAAGUUGAUACAAGGCCAAGUUCCAAUUUAUCGAGUGUUUUGUGUGAUUUAUUAGUUUUUUUUUCUCUACAAUUUCAAUUAAUCGGUUAUUGACUGAUUUCGUAAUUAGUAUUCAUCCCACUAAGAUUGAUGAAUUUGUUGUUGACAACCGCUGUGCUUAUUCAAUCCUAACGAAAAAACAAAUCGGAGCUCGUUGCUCACUUUUUUCUUUAGAAUUAAGAAAACAGCCACACACGUGACUCAUGAUGGCUCUAAGUAACAACUUCGUGAUAUUAGCAGUUAUUUUGACACUCACCACACUGCUUGGCAACCAUGCAGUGCACUCACAGUUCCUUUGGUCCUCCGACGUGGAUGCCACAAAUCUAAGUAGUCCUGUGACAUUUGACGUGAAAGACAUGACAAUUCUCGUGCACGAGUCGAAAAGUUUUAAUGUUGUGGUAAAAGAGCCAUUGGGCAAGACUUACACAUUGACAUUCGUGGAACAACACGCCGGAUUGCUGCACAUUGAACCACGAACACUUGAAAUUUCGACAAACGCUACCAUUAAUGUUCUCCUUGUGGGACAAGAGCCUGGAAGUUUAGUUGUGAGUGGCGAAUUGACGCCAAAUGACACGAUUAGUGACGACAAUUUGUUUAUUCGCAUCAAAGUGGCGCAUUCAACGUCGAUCAUCAUCAUCUCAUCAAUUAUCGGUUGGGUAUACUUCGUAGCUUGGUCCGUGUCAUUUUACCCCCAAAUUGUCAUCAACUGCAAGAGAAAAAGUGUCACGGGACUCAGUUUCGACUUUUUAGCCUUAAAUUUCAUGGGACACACUUUAUACGCCAUUUUCAACGUUUGUCUCUAUUGGGUGCCAUUUAUCGAGAACCAGUAUUUCGAGAGACAUCCAAAAGGCUUAAAUCCCGUUUUAUUGAAUGAUGUCUUCUUUUCCAUCCAUGCUUCGAUCAUCACUUUAGUCACAAUCGGUCAAUGUUUCAUCUACGAGCGCGGCAAUCAAAAAGUCUCGUAUACAGCUCAAGGCUUCUUGGGCAUCUUCAGUAUUACGAUAGUAGUUACUUGUGUCUUGUCAAUCGUGGAAAAGAUGGCAUGGUUGGAUUUUCUGUACACCUUGAGCUAUAUUAAGCUUGCCAUAACUUUGUUGAAAUACGUGCCACAAGCAGUACUGAAUUACCGUCGGAAAAGCACGCAAGGCUGGAGCAUCGGAAAUAUUUUGCUCGAUUUCACCGGUGGCAUUCUCAGUAUGAUGCAGAUGAUCAUGAAUGCCUAUAAUUUCAACGAUUGGGUGUCAAUUUUUGGUGAUCCAACGAAGUUUGGUUUGGGAUUGUUCUCCGUUGCGUUUGAUAUUUUGUUUAUUGUUCAACAUUAUGUUCUCUAUAGAGAACCAAGUGGCUAUGAGCCCCUUAAUGGAUCGGAAACGUCCCCGUCAGUAUCUGUUCGAACACCCACGUUAAUGGAAAGCUACCAGAAUCAGGAAGCCGAGUCAGCGCCAUCAGCCUAAACCUUGCAAAAUGUAAAAUUUAAGACUUAAAAUAAAAAAAAAAUGUUAUUUGUAAGAAAAAAAAAUGUAAAAGUGAUAGUUAAGAAAUAUAUUGUAUACGCAAAAAAAAAAUUAAAAAUUAAGAAA